UUCUCCUGCUCCUUGGUGACACAGGUGUUCCUGCAGCCACAGCCAUGUCCUGCUACGACCUGUGCCGGCCCUGCGGCCCCACCCCGCUGGCCAACAGCUGCAACGAGCCCUGCGUGCGGCAGUGCCAGGACUCCCGCGUGGUCAUCCAGCCCUCGCCCGUGGUGGUCACCCUGCCCGGGCCCAUCCUCAGCUCCUUCCCCCAGAACACCGCCGUGGGAUCCUCCACCUCCGCCGCCGUGGGCAGCAUCCUGAGUGAGGAGGGAGUGCCCAUCAACUCGGGGGGCUUUGGGCUCUCGGGGCUCUCUGGCCUUGGUGGCCGCUACUGCGGCCGCAGGUGCCUGCCCUGCUAG